UCUGAUAAUAGUGUAAACAUGUAUGAAGGAUUCGAGACGUCAAUUCUCUUCCUCUAAAUCAAACAUACAAGCUAUCGCAAAGAUUAUAUUUGAGGCGCUGUUUAGAUAAACAAGUUACACAAGAUUCAAUUUGUGUUGGUUGCAGGGCAUGAGCACUUUCCAUUUAAAUACUGAAAAUUAAAUUCAUAACAACAUUCCUCACAUCACUAAUAGCAUAGUAAAUACUUCAAGAGAUUGUCACAAACAUCAAAAUGAAGGAAAUACAUCUUGCAGUACUUUGCUUAAUAUUGAUCGGAGCAUUUUCGACAACAGGUGCAAAUCAAUGUAAGCCGAAUCCGUGUCGUAAUAAGGGACGCUGUAAGUCGAAGGGUGGUAUGUUUUCUUGUACCUGCGUUGGUCCGUGGGAGGGAUCAACAUGCCGACUUCCUGGGCGUGCUCCAGGUCCUUGUGACGCAAAUCCGUGUAAAAACGGUGGAGAAUGCUUUGAAAAGGAUACAAGGGGAUAUUUUUGCAAUUGCAUGGUCGGGUACCACGGUCUGAAUUGUCAGAAAGUAUUUGAUGUUUGUAAGCCAAAUCCAUGUGGUAACAGCGGAACAUGUUCACCCAAACUCAAUGGUUACACUUGCAAAUGUAAAGCUGGAUAUGGAGGAUCGACUUGUCGGCUUCCAAUACGUCAGCGUGAUGAUUGUAAUCCAAACCCUUGCAAAAAUGGGAAAUGUCGAUCUCUCGGAGAAGGCAGCGUUAGAUACAUAUGUGACUGUUUCAAAGGAUACAGUGGUCUGAAUUGCCAAACAGGACGUGCUGUGUUUCCCGGGGGUUCGACAUCACUCGGAGCUAACUGUCUCAAUAUCAAAUCGAAAGAAGUGAAAUCGCCAGUUGGUAACACAAAAUGGAUAAAUAAUUUCAUGAAUAAACUAAUUUCUGACGUAAAACCCAUUUGGAAAACAUUUCCCGGAUUUUUGAGAGCGGAAUUUGGAGCCGAGGCACAGAUUAGGCCGAAAGGAAUGGUGCAGGCGACAAUAACUGCAAAAAUAUGGCUUGAUUCGGCGGUUCAUGUCAAAGAUUUGAUACAACAUUAUAUACAAAGUUCAAAACCAUUAUCAAAAUUUUCUGGCAUUCCCACGGUUUGUGGAAGCAAAACUAUUAAAGGUCCUCAGAAUCCAUGUAAACCAAACCCAUGUAAAAAUGGCGGAACAUGCACCGGUGGGGCUGGACAGGGAGGGUACAGAUGCGGCUGUGUAGGAGGAUUCAGUGGAAAAAAUUGCCUAACAAAAACUGAUUUCUGUCGACCAAAUCCAUGUCUCAAUGGUGGAGACUGUGUGAGCAGGAUUGGUGGAUAUAUUUGCAUCUGCAGUGGUGGAUAUGGAGGAGAAAAUUGUCGAACAGAACUCAAUCCUUGUCGACCAAAUCCAUGUCAAAACAGAGGGCAGUGUGCACGGAAGGGCAUGGGAUAUGUUUGUAAUUGCAAGGGAGGAUAUGGAGGCCAGACAUGUCGACUUCCACCACAGCCAACCAGUCCAUGUGAUAAGAAGCCGUGUAAAUUUGGUGGACGCUGCAUUUCUCCAAAUGGAAAAGGAUAUGUUUGUGAAUGCAAAGCUGGAUACACUGGAAAGAAUUGUCAUAUAGAACCCAGUCCUUGUCGACCCAAUCCAUGUCGAAACCAGGGGAAAUGUUCACAAAUUGGAACUGGAUUUGUUUGCAAAUGCCGGGGAGGAUUUGUAGGAUCAACCUGUCGACUUCCACCAGAGCCUAGAAGUCCUUGUGAUAAGAAGCCGUGUAAAUAUGGUGGGCGAUGCAUUUCUCCAGAUGGAAAAGGAUAUGUUUGUGAAUGCAAGCCAGGAUACGCUGGAAACAAUUGUCAAAUAGGCGCCAACCAUUGUAAACCAAAUCCCUGUGGCAACGGCGGAGACUGUAUACCAAAAGUUGGAGGAUAUGUUUGCAUUUGCAGAGGGGGUUAUGGAGGAGAAAACUGUCAAACUAGCCCCAAUCGCUGUCGAACAAAUCCAUGUGGCAACGGUGGAGACUGUGUACCUAAAGUUGGAGGAUAUGUUUGCAUUUGCAAAGGAGGUUAUGGAGGAGAAAACUGUCAGAUUGGCCCAAAUUAUUGCCGACAAAAUCCAUGUGGCAACGGCGGAGACUGCAUACCAAAAGUUGGUGGAUAUGUCUGCAUUUGCAAAGGAGGUUAUGGAGGAGAAAACUGUCAGAUUGGCCCAAAUUAUUGCCGACAAAAUCCAUGUGGCAACGGCGGAGACUGCAUACCAAAAGUUGGUGGAUAUGUCUGCAUUUGCAAAGGAGGUUAUGGAGGAGAAAACUGUCAGAUUGGCCCAAAUUAUUGCCGACAAAAUCCAUGUGGCAACGGCGGAGACUGCAUACCAAAAGUUGGUGGAUACGUCUGCAUUUGCAAAGGGGGCUAUGGGGGAGAAGAUUGUCAAAUCCCUCCUCGUCCUAUUGGCCAUUGUGCUAUCAAUCCGUGUUUGAAUGGAGGAAGAUGUAGAUCUCCUGAUGCUAAAGGAUAUGUAUGUGAUUGUCUACCUGGAUAUUCUGGAGUGAAUUGUGGACAAUUCAUGUAUGGAAGCCAAACUGCAGUAUUUUGCAUUGAAAUUCAGUCAACGGAGAUGAAGAGAAAUGAAGGAAAUCCAAACUGGCUUAACAAUAUGAUGGGAAAGUGGAAAGUAGACCUAGAUUUGAUAUGGGAGUCAUAUCCUGGAUUUUUAAGAGCUGGCAUUGCAGUUUCCUCGAAGGGGAAACCAAAUGGGAUGGUACAGUCAACGAUUCGCAGCACAGUUUGGGUAUUACUUCCAAAGCUUGGAUCCAGCAGGACAAGUCUUAUUGAACAUUUUGAACAAAGUGGAAUGAAAAAGAACACAUUUGUGGGUUCACCAAAAUUUUGUGAUUCUGAGUUCAGUUUAUGUAAGCCUCAGAUUUGUGGAAUUGGCAGAAGAUGUGUGCAAGGGUAUGGCGGAUUUGUUUGCUUGUGCACAGGUGGAUACAGUGGUGAAAAUUGCGAAAUUGUGCCUGGUCACAUUGAUCAUUGUAGUCCAAGCCCAUGUCAACAUGGUGGAUCCUGUAGAUCAGUCGAUGCCAAAGGAUAUCAAUGCAAUUGCGUCAAUGGCUAUACCGGAAUUAAUUGUCAAAAAAUUGGUCAACAAACUGCUGGCAAAUAUUGCAUCCAAAUCCAGUCAACUGACGCAAAAGGGUCGCUGGACAAUCCAAAUUUUUUUGAAAACUUUGUUGAUGAGUUGAAAGGGGAUCUGUCAUUGAUUUGGAAAACCUACUCAGGGUUUAUGAGAGCAGAAUUCGGUGUUGAAGCAGUAACCAAACCAAAUUCAAAAGUACAAGCUACAAUUCGUGUCACGGUUUGGGUCUCACUGGCAGGUCGAGACAGAGGAGUUACUGUACAAGAUCUCAUUCGUCAUUUCGUUCAAAGUAAUGCACGCAAAGGCAACUUCAUUGGGAAGCCUCAACCGUGUUUGCAGUAGCCAGUACGCGAAUAGACAACAGAAUGGACAUAUCUACACUGGAAAAUAACAAAUAAAAUUUGAACCAUAUAACAUUACAGAGUGAUCAUCUUUGAGCAUUCGUAUUUACACCAUUUUGCGGCCUGAUUGAGCAUCACACCCAAUUUCGCAUUAAAUUGAGGUACAAUUUCCAUGGAUUGUCCCUCAACCAACUACAAAUCUAUUCAUAAUAAAUUGACAUUUCAUUGUAGUUUGUAUUAUUAUUGCUUUUUUAACGCUAUCAACCUAAAUAAAUCCUACAUUGGUGAGCAUCAUAAUCAUAUAUGAAGCUAUCUAUAGUUUGGUAUUUGAGGAUGACGAAUGUUGAUUGAUUGGUUGAUAUUGUAUAUCAUAUGGUGACACGGAUAUUAAAGCCUGACUAAUGGACUGGGAA